AUGGCUUGUGAUUUCUUUAAUCUUCAUCUCUUCUUCUACUUCAUAUGUUUUCCUUCUUUCAUUCCACUCGUUUUUUCUCUCUCAACUGUGUCAAUAUCUGAAACUUCUGACCAAACAUUGGUAUGUGCAUUAGUACUUGUUCCUAAUACCACGCAGUCUUUUCUAAACUGUUCAAGUUUUCCUAGUGGAAUCCAAAUCCCCUUGAAUUCUGAUACUUCUUUUUCUGCUAUAGUUGGCGGAGAUGGAUUCCUCUGUGGUUUGAUAUCCUUGCCUUUGUCUCGCGCUGCUUCAACUUUGGUUUGUUGGAGAUUCUCUGUUAACGGUACUAACAUGGUCUAUAAGAGAAUUUAUCAAGGCCUGGCUUUGAGUCAACUGGAAGCAGCAAAUUCUUUUACUUGUGGCCUAAUUAAUACCACUAAAAGCCUCGAAUGCUGGCCACGGCGUGAGUUCAACACUAGCAGUGCCACUGAUCGGAACUUUUCAAGUAUUGCUGUCGGCGAAGAUUUCCUAUGUGGGCUAACGGAAUCUGGGAAUAUUACUUGCCUAGGAAGUAUUAAUAAUGCUGUCUCUGGCCAAGAGCCGAAGGGGAGCUAUAGUGCGAUUGCUGCCGGGUUUCGGCAUGCUUGUGCUAUAAACUUUAAUAACGAGUUGGAUUGUUGGGGAAGUAUGGCUGGCGAGAAGCCGCAAGGCGAGUUCAUGUCAAUGGCCUUGGGGGAGAACCGUAGUUGCGCGCUGCGGACUAAUGAGACCGUAGUUUGUUGGGGGCAAGAUAAUUUUAGUUUGCCGGAGAGGUUAAGGGAGACUUAUUUUAGUACUAUUGAAGCAAAGAGAAAUGUUUUCUGUGGAGUUAUGAAAUCGAAUUUUUCCUUGUAUUGCUGGGGUAAUGAGAAUUUCAGCUCCAAUUUAUUGGUGUUUGAGGAUGUAUUGCCUGGCCCCUGUGAAAGUGCCUGUCCAGAUGGUUUCUUAGAAGGAUCCGGCAGAUUGUGCCCUGAAGGCCAAAAUAUUUGCCACCAUUCCUCGAGCAAUAUCAAUAGCAUUCCACCGGCGGUCGUGCCAUCACGGCCUCCAACACAAGAGCCUCAUCAAGAGAGGAGCAGUAGGUGUAAAUUGAAAGGCAAAAUGAUAGCUUUUUUAGUGGUGGGAUGUGUGGGAUCCAGCGUUUUAUUGCUAGUCAUUGGAUUCUUCUUGUUCAAGUAUUGCAAGUGUAGAGGCUGCCGGGUCCAUGAUUCCGGGCGCUUGGAUGGGACCGGACCAGGAGCCCCGGUGGAACGGGGUGGUGCCCCAAGCCAACCACAAGCCCCACAAACCGAACAAGCAUCACCGGUCUUAGAGAAGCGGCUAAGCCAGUUGGCUAGCAUGGGAAAUGCAGGUCACUUGGAGGAAUUCUCUUUGCAAGUUCUACUUGAAGCCACCAACAAUUUCUCACAUGAUAAAAAAAUCGGCACAGGAAGCUUUGGUUCAGUUUACCAAGGGACAUUAGAUGAUGGGCGCGAGGCCAUACACAAAAAUGAGAAUGGGGAGGCUAGGAACGUUGUUGAUUUUGUCGUUCCCUACAUUGUCCAAGAUGAAAUCCAUAGAGUUUUAGACUCAAGAUUGCCGCCACCAACACCAUAUGAAAUAGAGGCAGUGAUAUACAUAGGGUACUUAGCAGCAGAUUGUGUUACACUAGAAGGUCGAGAUCGGCCAUCCAUGACCGAUGUUGUAAAUAGCCUGGAAAGAGCAUUGGCUGCGUGCUUGGUGCACCCAACUUCGCUUUCGCGGUCCACAACCGGGUCUUCCACAUGA